UUCGCCUUACAGUACAAGUUUGGUAUUUCCCAAAGUAUUCAAGGAACCACGCCAUGAGCGGGGCAAAUUAUAGAGAAGCCGACUUCCCUGGUGUCCGUGCCGCGGGUCGGCACAACAAUUCCAUUACAACCAAAGAGCUGACGGAAUGUGAUCGUGAGCCUGUGCACUUGAUCGCAAACGUACAAGGGGGUACCGGCCAUUUGUUGUUCAUUCACUACCCGUCUGGAAAAAUCUUGGCUCAUGAUCGCGACAUCGAACACAUUCCUUGGAUCCGGUGUCACGAAAACAGAACAGUUACUGCUGGCCGCACUGGGGCGAGAACUACAUCUUCUUUCCAUGGAGAACAGCAGAGUGGUGAGAGUCCUCACGAAGCUAUUGGCAUAUCUGGAGGCUUUUUACUGAACUGGGUUCCGCACGAUUUCUACGAGAAGAUUCUCGAUUUGGUCCUCGGUAUUAUCCAUUCCGAUACGCACAGAAAUUUUUAUUUUUAUUCAUAUGAUGGUUCAGCGUACGCUAUUUCUAUUUCAGCGACGGAAAUGGACUACUCCGUGAUUGGCAUCGAAAUUGAAACAGUUGGUUUGGAUGAUACUGCCUCCCAUUUUUCAUCCUCAUUGUUGCAUUUGGGACGUAUUGUGGAAUUCUACCAGCACGAAGCAAUUGCCAAGACAGCCUGCGACACUGUUUUUCACCUGUUGGGAAAGUAUGACAGGGGCAUGGUGUACCGAUUCCACGAUGAUCUGUCCGGCGAGGUCGUGCACGAGAUUAAAGCAAAUCAUGUGGAAUCCAGCUAUCUUGGCAUGCGAUUUCCUUCCUCUGAUAUUCCUUUGCCAUCGCGACAGCUUUAUAUAAAAAAUGGUGUGCGGUACAUUUACGACGUUGAUACCGAGGAUCUACCGAUUUUAUCCCUGGACAAUGAAAAGAUGGAUCUCAGUCAAAUUCGCAUGCGUGCUGUAGCCAAACCGCAUAUUGUGUACUUAAGAAAUAUGGGGGUGGUGUCGUCGUUGAGCUUGGCGAUUGUUGUCGACAAUGAUCUGUGGGGGUUGCUGGCUUUUCAUGGGUACGGCGCGAGGUACAAGCCUUCGCUCCAUCAGCGAAUUGCUUGUGAAACCAUAAGUGCGAUGGUCUCAGUUCGUAUUGAAUCUCUCAUGAAAAAGGCGCAGAGUGCCCGAAUUAUUAAGUUGGGCCAGUGCACUAUGAGCUUAAAGCAUGACCAGAGCCUGAUUCACAAUCUCUAUGAAUGGGGUGAAGGCAUACUCGAAAUUGUUGAUGGAGAUGUGUUGGUUGCACAUGUACAAGAUCCUAGAGAUGGCGAAGGCGACAGAAUUGUGCUGGGUGAUCCUUUGUUGGUACCGAAGGAUUCUUUUUGGACUAAGAUGAGUUCCUAUCAGAAUCGCGAACUCUGUGUCAUUUCAACACGCAAAGCUCUCACAGAUAUCAAAUUGACACAAGAAGAGUGCCCAGCAAGUGGAAUUGUAUUUUUCCAAGAGGGUCGUACUCAGAUCAUGAUUGGACGAGCAAUGCGAUCCAAAGAUGUCGUAUGGGCGGGUAAUCCUGACGAACCAAAACUAAGGAUUGGAGGAAUUUUGAAUCCGCGCAACUCCUUUACUCAAUUCAUUGAAAAAGCGCGAAAGGAAUCACGAGCCUGGACUGUGCAAGAUAUUAGUGUGAUUUCUGUGCUUCGUGACCGUAUAUGUGAGCAUUCGUACGCAUACAUGAUGGGAUUACUGAGAGGUGAUAUUCAAGAUGCAAACCGGAAAUAUUUGGCGGCAAUUGACCGAGCGCGGGACAAUUACGAAUUCUUUGCGCAUAUGAGCCACGAACUACGGACUCCUUUCCAUGGCGUUAUGGGAUGCUUAAGUAUUCUGCAUGAGUCAAUUGAAGAUAUGCCAGCAGCGGAAGUCAGAGAUGUUGUCGAUACAGCAAUAGCUUCCGGAAACCACAUGAUCAAUCUUCUCAACGAUAUUCUGGACAUCUCGAAGAACAAACACUUGUCUCAUAUAUCGGCGCAGGAUAAGGUUAUUUACCAGACGUUAGCCUUCGAGACAAUUGACUGUAUGAAGUCACUGGCCACUUCUCGAAAGAUCGAGAUGAGAUCGUCAAUCGAGCCGAAAGGCUUGGAAAAAGUGGUGAUUGUGACGGAUCGUACAAAAAUUAUUCAAAUCGUUUCCAACGUUGUGAACAAUGCCAUCAAGUUUACGGGUGAAGGGACUGUCGAUGUUGUAUUUAGGCUCGUUGAUUCGCUGCAAGAGGCAACUAUGAUGUGGGAGCGAGGCGCGGAAGUUCAUGCUGGAUCAGUGUUUUCGAUGAAGGAGAGUGAAAUGCACACAUCGGCUGAAGAAGUAAGACGGAGCACUAUGACGUUUAAUGAGACGCAUGAUCAAAAGUGGAUGACAAUGAGUGUUUCAGACACCGGAUGCGGUAUGGAGCCGUGUGAACUAGUAGAAAUGUUCUCACCAUAUACCCAAUCGAGUCAUGGAUCCAAUCGCAUUUUUCAGGGAACAGGGCUUGGGCUUUUCAUUUGCGUUUCAUUAUGUUACCAGCUCAAUGGUUUUAUUUCUUGUGCAAGCACCCCCGAUAAAGGAACACUUUUUCAUAUGGGAAUCCCAGUCGGAUUGUUAGCUGAAGACACAGUUGAGGGAAAUCAGACACUAACAGAUGAUACGAAGGAAACAGAGAGCGUGAUCCAAAUGUCGGGUCCGAUUUUGAUCGUAGAUGACAAUGUUGUGAACGUCAAAAUUCUAAACCGGGCGCUACUUUUGGAUAUUAGAAGAGCUGGUCUUGCAAUAGAGGUCCUCACAGCAGGGGGUGGGGCUGAAGGUGUCCAGGUCUUUCGAGACAAGCGCCCCAGUCUAUGCAUUAUCGACUAUCACAUGCCCGAUGUCGAUGGCAUUGAAGCGACCUGCACCAUACGGAAAUACGAGCAAGAAAACAAAAUUGAUCCUACCUACAUUUUGAUGUACACUGCUGAUGCCACAGAGCAAGCUAGAGCAUUAAUCUUGAGCUCCGGCGUUAACGAUAUCAUGUCCAAGCCUCCGCCGAAGGGAUUCAUUGCCGGAUUGGUGCAGAGGCUGCGGGUUCCGGAAUAGCAUGGUCGUUCAUUCAUAGAAGAAUCGACUUCUCUUCCAGAUUUCGAAUGCUUGUAGCUUUCGUUUAUUCUUCGGCCGCGCAGCUGCUGCUAUCAAUUCACAAUGUUAAAAUAUAUACCUUCGCUUCCACUACAUGGUAAUUACAAGCGUGGCUGGAGAUAGCUCGUGUGUAUUUCUCAAACACACGGCCAGAAAGUCUUUGCAUCUCGGCACUAGACUUUUCUAUGGAAGAGACAUCCGAAAGAAUCGCCAAAUACGUGAUAAAAUAAAAUUGAAUGCCCACGACA